AUGGGAGUCUUUCCUCGUUUCCAACCAAUUUCCAAAUGUAGCACAAAAGAUAGAUCAAACCAAACCGUCGCAUCCGACUUAGACGGCACGCUUCUCGUGUCGCGGAGCGCCUUUCCCUACUACAUGCUCGUCGCACUCGAGGCCGGAAGCAUUCUAAGAGCGUUACUUCUCUUAUCCUUAGUCCCGUUCAUAUACUUCACGUACCUAUUCGUCUCCGAGACGCUGGCGAUCAAAACAUUGAUAUUUGUCACAUUUGCGGGACUAAGGAUAAGAGACGUUGAGAUUGUUUCCCGGUCGGUUUUGCCUAGGUUUUACGCCGAGGACGUGCAUCCGGUGACGUGGAACGUGUUUAAUUCGUUCGGGAAACGGUAUGUUGUUACCGCGAGCCCGAGGAUUAUGGUUGAGCCUUUUGUUAAGACGUUUUUUGGGAGUUGA